AUGCAGGAAGACGCACCGCUGGAGCCAGGGUCGUGUGUGAACGCCAGCGGCGACCAUGCUGAACGCUCCCGCGACCAGGCGCGGCAGUGGAAAAAAGAGCGCAAGCUGCAGGCGCAGCGCAAGGCCGAGGCGGGUAAGCAGACGGACAAAGAGCCGAGUGGCAAACCGAAGUCUGCGCGCGCGAUAGAUCCCUAUGUACAGCUCUCCAAAGCACUUGCCUAUCUCUUACGCCAUGGUGCGGAGAAGGAGCAUUUGGAUGUGCGUGAUGACGGGUACAUUCGCGCCGAUACCGUGCUUCUGCGUCCGAAAAUCCAUAAAGUGUUGAUCCCGUUGCAGGACGGGAUGCGUGCGCCUGGGCUUGAGGAUGUGCGCGCGAUUGUGGAUGGAAACGAUAAGAAACGUUUUGAACUGGCAUCCGGGUCUGAAACAGGGCCUGGAGAGGGCCCAUAUACAUGGAUCCGGGCGGUACAAGGGCAUUCGCUACGCCAAGUAACCGAGCUCGACCAUACGCCUUUGACGCUGGACAAUGUCGACAAAUACCUGGCAUGCAUGGACGAGAUGUACUACGCAAUCCACGGCACGGACACGGAUGCUUGGGACGCGAUCCAGGAAAGUGGCGCGUUACGCCGCAUGACACGAAACCAUAUUCAUCUUGCGCGUGGCCUGCCUGGCGCGUCGGGCGUCAUUAGCGGUGCGUACGCUGCGUAG